CUCAGUCUUCCUUUUUCCUCUACCCCGGCUCAGCCUCCGAACUCAGAAAACUUUUUACGACACACGGGAUCCCAGAGUCCUCCCCGGCGCCGGCUCGCUUUUCGGCAAAGUGACGUGGACGUCAACAGCAAUGGCGGAAGGAGAGGAGGCAUCGCCGCCGCCAACGUCGGGGGGCGACAGCUGGGAAAAAGAUCUUGGGGAAGCUUUGGAAACUGGAGGUUGUGAUCUUGAAACUUUGAGGAAUAUAAUUCAAGGGAGACCACUGCCUGCUGAUUUGAGGGCAAAAGUUUGGAAGAUUGCUUUAAAUGUUGCAGGGAAAGGUGACAGUUUAGCAUCUUGGGAUGGUAAUUUGGAUCUGCCAGAACAGACUACAAUUCACAAGGAUUGUCAAGAGCUCAUUGACCAGCUUUCAAUUGCAGAAGAAAAGACGGUCUUACUCUUGAAUGUUGAAUCUGUAAUUACAUUUUAUUGUAAAUCACGGAAUGUCAAAUACAGCACAUCGCUUGGCUGGAUACAUUUGCUUAAGCCACUGGUGAAUCUUCAUCUUACACGCAGCGAUUUAUACAAUUGCUUUUAUGCUAUCAUGAAUAAGUACAUUCCCAGGGAUUGUUUCCUGAAGGGGAGACCAUUUCAUCUCUUUCGAUUGCUUAUCCAGUAUCAUGAACCUGAACUGUGUUCCUUUCUUGAUACAAAGAAGAUGACUCCAGACUCCUAUGCACUCAACUGGCUUGGAAGCCUUUUUGCUUGUUUCUGUUCAAUUGAAGUCACUCAAGCAAUAUGGGAUGGAUACCUACAGCAAGCAGAUCCAUUCUUUAUUUAUUUUUUAAUGUUAAUAAUCCUUGUCAAUACAAAAGAUGUUAUUUUAGCACAAGAAUCUGACAGUAAAGAAGAAAUUAUUCAGUUCUUGGAAAACACACCAUCCAGUUUGAAUAUAGAAGAUAUUGAAGAUCUAUUUUCUCUGGCACAAUAUUAUUACAGUAAAACUCCAGCUUCAUUUAGAAAGGACAAUCAUAGUUUAUUUGGCAGUCCUUUGCUGGGAAUUAAAGAUGACGACACAGAUCUGAGUCAGGCUCUCUGUCUGGCAAUUUCAGUAGCAGAGAUUCUUCAAGCAAACCAACAGCAAGGGGAAGGAGUUCGAUUCUUUGUGGUGGAUUGCAGGCCUGCGGAACAGUACAAUGCUGGGCAUUUAUCAACAGCUUUUCACUUAGAUUCAGAUUUGAUGCUUCAGAAUCCAUCAGAAUUUGCACAGUCAGUAAAAUAUUUGCUAGAAGCCCAGAAGCAGUCUAUUGAGUCUGGUUCAAUCGCGGGAGGGGAACACCUCUGUUUCAUGGGAAGUGGCAGGGAAGAAGAAGACAUGUAUAUGAACAUGGUCCUUGCACACUUUUUACAGAAAAACAAAGAAUAUGUCAGCAUUGCCAGUGGAGGAUUUAUGGCACUCCAGCAGCACUUAGCAGACAUAAAUGUGGAUGGACCAGAGAAUGGAUACGGCCACUGGAUUGCUAGCACCUCAGGCUCCAGGAGUAGUAUAAAUUCCUCUGUUGAUGGUGAUUCUCCUAAUGGUUCAAAUGAUGGGCGAGGAAUGAAAUCAUUGGUAAACAAAAUGACUGUCGCUUUAAAGACAAAAUCUGUGAAUGUCAAGGAAAAAGUUAUCAGCUUUAUUGAGAAUACAUCAACUCCUGUAGACAGAAUGUCUUUCAAUCUUCCUUGGCCAGACAAAACAAGUACAGAGCGACAUGUGAGUAGCAGUGACAGAGUGGGCAAGCCCUACCGUGGUGUGAAGCCUGUAUUCAGCAUUGGGGAUGAAGAAGAAUAUGACACAGAUGAAAUUGAUAGCUCCUCAAUGUCAGAUGAUGAUCGAAAAGAGGUUGUGAAUAUUCAAACCUGGAUAAACAAGCCAGACAUCAAGCAUCAUUUUCCUUGCAAUGAAGUAAAAGAAAAUGGACACAUGUUUCCUAGUCAUCUUUUGGUUACUGCAACACACAUGUACUGUUUAAGGGAAAUUCCUUCACGAAAAGGAUUGGCUUAUAUACAGUCUCGGCAAGCACUAAAUUCUGUAGUUAAAAUCACAUCCAAGAAGAAACACCCUGAGCUAAUUACUUUCAAGUAUGGAAACAGCAGUACUUCAGGAAUAGAAAUUUUGGCGGUUGAAAGGUAUUUGAUUCCAAAUGCAGGGGAUGCUACCAAAGCCAUAAAACAACAGAUCAUGAAGGUUCUGGAUGCCUUGGAAAGCUAAUAGCAAAAGACUUGGGAGAGGUGUGAACACACUUUCCUAACUGAAUAUUACCCUGAAAAAUUUUAUUUACUCCUUGGAGUGCCUGAGUAGCAGGCUUAUGAUAGGGUAAAUUAUUGUAAUCAAUUUCAGGACAGUUUUUAAAUUUUUAAAUUUUCUUUUGCAUUUUUGGUUUUGUACAAGUCCUUUAUUAUCAAGGUCAUUUACUAAGUGGCUUUAGAGUAGCUGACCUUGCACCUUCAUGGAGUAAGGGUACAAGAUGCAGUUCAGUUUUGAGCAACCCAUUUUAAGGGAAUAUUCUGCACUUUUCAGGUAACACUAUAGACACAUGUGUGUGCGUGCACUUGAGCGUGUGUGCGUGUGUGCCUGUGUGUGUGUGUAUAACUGCAGUGUCUUCAAUGACAUUGAACACUAUUCAUAGACAUCGAUUUGGAAACCUAAUGUUCAUACAUUUGGUUUUGUCCACGAAUAUUAUCAGAGACUAAAACAUUACUCAGAGUAGUAAACAUUUGGCUUACUACUCUUCUUAAGAGGUCUGGAAUUCAGCCAAUGUGUGGAUAUGGAGUUCCAACUGAUUGAAUAAUGCAACCCUACUAUGAAGUAUAAAAAUAUGUUUUCUAAAUCACACCAUUUACCUAUGCAUAAUUGGGGGAAAUAAUUUGAACACUUACAAAUGAGUGUUUUAAAAAUACUAAACCUGAUACUAAUAGUUUCCAUACAAUAGCUAAGACUAACUAAUAGUCUCAAUGAGUAAAAUGGAAUGGGUGUAAGCAUUAUGAUAAAUGGAUAAGUGUUAAAAUUUGAAAUUCAAAUUGAAGAGGAUAAAACUGGAGCAUUGAAAAUGGUCUCUAUCACAAACAAAUUAUAUGGUUUUGUAUAUUUCAAAACCUGUGUGUUUGAGUGUGCAUUGUUUUACACUCAUUUGAGGUCAUGUUCUGUGAUGAGACUAAAUAAAAGCUACUAAUCAGAGUGCUAUAUAGCUGCAAUGCCUUAUCAUCAUGUCCUUGCUUUUUAAUGCUCUUUUCCUUUGGUACUUUGUUUUUCAAAGUUCAACUGUUUUGAAAAAUGUUUUUCUUCCCCCUUGAUGCAGUAAAACAUAAGUGAUCUGCUUUAUUUU